CCUUUUUGGGUUCAAAUGCGACUUCCUGCCCCCAAGGACGAGCUGUGCGACGCUGAACCAGCCUCCCCGGCGCUCUGUCACUCACUCUCCGAGUGUGAGAAAUGGGCAGAUACCUACGCCUCUCUACGUUUGACGAGGAGCGAAUGCGGGCACACAGGAAGGCCCGACCGGCGCCCCUCCCACCCGGGCGCGCGCCGGCCAGUGGCCCCGGGACCGGACAACCGAGGGCCUUCCGGGGAUCGGGCCGGGCGGAAGGAGGGGCCGCGGCGUGGACCGCGCCGCCCGAUAAUGGCGCCUGCGGCCGGGCGCGGGGCGCCGGGUCUGUGGCGCGCCUGCAACUGGCUCAUGGGCGCCUUCUUCGCGCUGGCGGCCUUCGUGCAGGUAAAUGAUCCAGAUGCAGAAGUGUGGAUGGUUGUGUAUACAGUUCCUGCCGGUCUGACCCUGCUUGUUGGACUUAACCCUCUUGUCACAGGUAACUUUAUUUGGAAGAGUGUCUCUGCAAUACACAUAUUCUUCUGUAUCGUGUGGGCUGUUGGCUUGGCGUACAACCUCUUGCUUCAUACAAAACAGAACAUCUUGCAUGAGGAAGAAGGCAGGGAGCUCUUUGGUCUGGUGAUUAUCACAGCAUGGCUGAGCCUGUGCCACAGCUCAUCAAAGAAUCCAGUUGGUGGAAGAAUUCAGUUGGCUAUUGCUAUCAUAGUUGCUCUUUUCCCAUUUAUCUCAUGGGUCUAUAUAUAUAUAAACAAGGAGAUGCGGUCCUCCUGGCCAACUCACUGCAAGACAGUAAUUUAAAUGAAGAAUCCUGUUCUUAAAAUGAGAGUUUACAAUUUUUUGUAAACAUGAUUGUAACAUGCCAGUUUCCUAGGAAUUUAUUUCAGGUAAUUUGAGUUAAUACUAGAGAUGAUUUUUUUUAAAAAUCCUAAGUUAGGCUGCCUACAACACAGGACUGGAAGGGACUAGUAAGAAAAGGAGUCUGACGUUCUGUUGUGUCACAGUGUAGUGGAAAAGGCAAAAUACAAAAGUUCAGAAAUAUGAAUUCUAACUCAGCUACGUCACUAUCCAUGUGACUUGGGCAAAUGUGUAAACCUCCCAUGGAUAAUUCUUUAUCUAUAAAAUAGGGUUACUACCAGACCUCCUACUUAUUUAUACAGUUGCAAGGUUUAUAACCGAGAUAAUAUGAGAGCAUUCAAAAUAUAAAGAGCUGACAAAGGGCUGCACCUGAUAACAUAGAGGGAAGCAGAGUUUGGAUAAUGAUAGAAAGAGUUCAGGAGAGGGCUGUACCCCUGAACUAACCUCAGUAUACUGAACUGGUACAGUGCCAUGAAUUAAAUGAGGACUCCAGAUGAACCAAGUGAACAAGCAUGUCUUGGAAAGAAAGUUAGCUAGAAUAAAGGAAU